CGAUUGGGCGUCCAGUACCUGAUGCAAACAUAACAAGCAAGGUGAUCCUUGUGGUUACGUGUUAUUGUCUGAUUCUCUCGGAUCUACAAAUAGCUUGCAUCUGCACGAUUGCAUUGCGUUCCUCAGACUGAAGGAGACUACUGUCUCAAGUCAGCCGGGCAGCAUCUCAUUCUCAUCUCAUCUGUUAAAGCAGUAGUAAAUCGCAAGCAAGCAAAACAGGGGAAAAGGCCAGCUAAAACGCGUUGCCUUUGAGGCUUUAACCCUUUGUUUUUCUUGCUAACCUUGCUGGCCAUUGCUGCUUUUAAAUUUGGCCGGAACCCUCGUCGCAAAGGAGAACACCUCACCAAUCUGGAGUGCUCUUUAAUCAGAGCUUCAGACUGUAAAGCAAAAGCCCCCUAUAUGCUGCCUGCAGCCUUCCUUUGCACACGCAGGGCGUCGAUCGCAAAGGAGAACCUCUUGCUUGCUUCGUGCACACGCAGGGCAUGCAUUCCUUCCUUCCUUACCUAGCCAUUUCCCUACCUUGUACAUAACACUACAUACAAUGCUAAGCAACCUCACUACAUAUUGAUGCCCUUGUACAUCGAUCGUUCUAGCUAACUUGGUGCAGCUGCAGCUGCGUCCGUCAUGAACUACGCGGGCAUGAACUACGCCUACGCGGACAGAGGAGGCAUGAACGCCGCGGGCAGAAGCAGCAUGUCGUCGCCACGGCCGGGCACGGACUGGGGCCCCAUCAUCGUGGCGGUGAUCCUCUUCGUGGUGCUCUCGCCGGGCCUGCUGUUCCAGCUCCCCUCGCGGACGCGGGUCGUCGAGUUCGGCAACAUGGCCACCAGCGCCAUCGCCAUCCUCGUCCACGCCGUCAUCUUCUUCUGCCUCCUCACCAUCUUCGUCGUCGCCAUCGGCAUCCACGUCUACGCCGCCUAGCUAGAGCCCUGCUAGCAGCCUCCAAACAUUAUGGUGGUGUGCGCUUCUCGUACGUGCAGCCUCUUCUUGCUGGUCUUUUCAGUAUAUGUAGACUAGAGAUGGAGCAAGAUUUAGCUGCUCGAUCUCAUCUCCUAUGUUUGUGUAUUAUUGCCCGGCUGUUGGACAGAGCGUUGGCUUGGCAAUCCGGUGUUAGUGAAAUUUCGCUUACUUUCCGUGGAAAUUGAAAGAGUGUUUCUCA